AGUCUGGUCGUCCGCAGCUGCUUUGGAAAGAGGGGGAACUGGAGAGAGGGAGGAAAAGAGAGAGAAAGUAAGUGACAGGAAGCCACCUCAACACUGACAGUAGGUCAAAGACAGAGAAGAGGAGAAAGAGUGUGUCCAGAACGCAGCAUAACCAUAUUGUGGUCUUAGAAGCAAGCAAAAACGCGGUGAUCUGUUACUUUUAAAGAGGAAAGCAAAGAGGAAAGCGUAAACUAAAAGGAAACUUUCUGUGGAAAAGUUAGAGAUCAUGUCGAUGCUGCCGGCAGAGACAGGCCCUGAGGAUGCCAAAAACCAGAGUUUUUGGAUGCCAGGGAACUACCACCAGACAGUGAAGCGGACAGAGGAUGCCUUCCAGGCAUGUAAUGAUAUAGUGACCUGUUUCCAGGAGAGGGCUAGGGUUGAGAGGCAAUAUGCUCAGCAACUUAGUGAGUGGAGUAACAAGUGGAAACCCCUAGUGGAUGCCAGUCCUCUGUAUGGCUCUCUAUUGCGAGCAUGGCAAUGUUUCCUCUCUUCUGCUGACCGCCUCUCCUCACUGCACUCCUCCAUAUGCCGCGCACUGGUGUUGGAGGACGGAGAUCGUAUACGGACAUGGCAGAAGGAGACUUUCCAUAAGAAGAUAUUUGGAGGUUUCAAAGAGUCCCAGGACUUUGAAACAGGCUUCUCACGUGCUCAGAAGCCCUGGGCCAAGAGACUGAAGAAGCUAGAGAAGGCAAGGGCAGCGUUUCACAAAGCUUGCCGUAAGGAACACGUGGCUCGUGAACGGGAGGCCCACGCCCAAGGCAACCCUGACAUUGCCAUCGAGAAGCAGAGAAAGAUCCAAGAGGAGACAGAGCUGGCUCACCAGGAGACAGAGAAAGUGCGAGCCCGCUAUGAGAAGGUUCUGGAGGAAGUAACACGUUAUGCUCCUCGCUACAUGGAGGAAAUGGAGUCUAUCUUUGACCAAUCACAAGAAGAGGAAAGGAAGAGGAUAAGCUUCCUCAAACAGGCUUUCCUGUCCAUCCACAGACACUUGGAUGUCACCAACAAUGAAAGUGUGAAAGCCGUGUAUAAUGAGCUCCAUAACACUCUGAUGUCCAUCAGUGAGCAAGAGGAUUUGCGCUGGUGGAAGAACACACAUGGGCCUGGCAUGCCAACCGACUGGCCUCAGUUCCAAGAGUGGACUCCAGACAAGAAGCAUAAAAAGGGAAAGCAGGAGGUGGAGAAGAAAGCAACAGUGAUGGAGAGAAGUGUGAUGAUUGGAGGAGUGAGGGUCAGAGCUCUCUAUGACUAUGUUGGACAGGAGACAGAUGAACUGUCCUUUAAAGCUGGUGAGGAGUUUCUGAAGAUCGAGGAUGAGGAUGAUCAGGGUUGGUGCAGAGGCAUGAUGGAUGGAGUGAAAGAGGGUCUUUUCCCUGCUAACUAUGUGGAGGUGGUGUAGAACCACACAUUUCUUGUAGUCCUGAUGUUAAUGCUUAUUAAGAGUAUAUUCAUUUGAGCCCCUACCUGUAAAUGAAUCCAGCUCUGAGGUCCUUAAAUGCUCUGUACAGGUGCCCAGGUUUGUGCCUGUUACACAGCUAUUUUUAUAGAAGUUUGCUUUGUUUUCUCUGAACGGAAUGGCAAAGGUAUGGGUUUAGAGUUGACUUACAGGAUUGAUUUGGGAGCAGAAAGAGAAAAUGCUUCUAAAAGUGCUUUCAAUACAAUCUUACUUGAGAACAUUAUAAUAUUAUAUUUUAUUGUGUUAUAUUGUGACUUUAAAGGGAUAGCUCACACAAAAAUGAAAAUUCUGUCAUCAUUUAUUCACCCUAAUGUUGUUCCAAAACAGUAUGAUUUUCUUUCUUCUAUGGAACCCAAAAGGAGAUAUUAGGCAGUAUGUUGGUCUCAGUCACCAUUCAUUUUUAUUGCAUCUUUUUUCCAUACAGUGAAAGUGAAUGGUGACUGAGGCUAAAAUUCAGCCUAACUUCUUUUGUGUUCCACAAAAAAAAAAAAAAAAGAAAUCAUACUAGUUUAGUACAACAUGAUGGUGAGUAAAUUAUGACAAUUUUCUUUUUUUGGGUGUACUACCCCUUUAAUGAAGACUAUCAAAACAUGUAGAGAUUUUCAUUCUUUUAUGAUAUGAAUAGGUAUGAAAAUCAUCUAAUAUAUAAGAGAAUAUGAAGAGAAUGAUCUUGAUGCAUGAACCUACAGUGUCAAAUAUUUCACUGAGAAUUUUAAGAACAAUGUCUCACACCAAAGAUUUUAGCACUGUUUACAUUAUAUCAGUGACAUAUUUUUUAUGAUGAGUUACUCUGUAUCUGAUGCCUGAGUAAAAGGGGCCAGAUGGUUAAUUUUAUCAUCUACAGCUGCGAAUUUCAUGCAAAGUGUGUGUUAAUAUAAGCAUAUGCUAUAUGUUAUCUGCUUUGGUUCUUUUGUUAACACCAGUCUCACAUUUACUUGUAGAUGUUUUAGUUAAACUAAGGCAGUAUUAAUCACCACAACUUUAAGGUUAUCAGACCCCAGUGAUGUCUCUUCUUUUGUUUUUCUGUUGUGUAUAAGAUGUCAUGCUAACCAAAGAAAUUGUAUGUAUGCAAAUGAGGGUAUUAUUUGUUUGAACCAUAGUAAGAGUAAAUCAUAUUUGGAUCCUGGAAGUAUCUUAUGCACCAUAAUUAAUAUAAUGCAAAUACUAGCAAUAGGGAUAAAGAUUAUGUUGAGUCUUGCUUUUUUUAAUCAUCUUGGAAAAACAUUUAUUGCACACAUAAACAUUAUUACGAUUCAUAUUUCUCCCCAUGCGUGUCCUGGGGCCAUGUUACAAAUGUGCAACUGCAAAUAUGGGGCUGUAAAUUGAUAUUUCUGUGUGUGUGUGUGUGUGUGUGUGUGUGUGUGUGUGUGUGUGUGUGCAGGUUUGGGUGGUCUACGAGGAAAUUUAUUUAGGUUACAAACAGGUAAUUACAAGGGUAUUAUGCUAUAAAUGUGGUUUAUAAGGACAUUUCUAGUGUCCCCAUGAUUCAAAUCGCUUAAAAAACAUACCAAACAAUGUUUUUUGAAAAUGUAAAAAUGCAGAAAGUUUUUUUGUGAGGGUUAGGUUUAGGGAAGUGUUAGAGGAUAGAAUCUAUAGUCCGUACAGUAUAAAAAUCAUUAUGUCUAUGGAAAGUCCUCAUAAAGUUAGCCGCAUCAACGUGUGUGUGUGUGUGUGUGUGUGUGAGCUCAUAUAUGAGUCAUCCUGCACACAUAUCAGCUACAGUGGACCCUGCAGCUCACAUCUUAAUAGUGUCAGAUCAUUCAGUGUGUUGCCCUGAGUGGUUGUCACACACAUUCACACUAUCAUACUGCACACACUUAUUCUGCAUCACUGAGUACAUGAGUCAGAAAUGUGCCCACUGUGAGAUUUGCAAAGGGUCAGUUUCUUUCCCACAGUUUUGAGCAACAUUACCCUUUCACCUUUGCGAGAAACACAGCUCAUAAAAAUUCAGAAGACUGCUCGCUCUCUGCAUAAAAUAAUACACAGGGAGGAAAAUAAAGCUAAUAUUAAGUAGAACUGGCAUAUUCUAUAAGUCCAGGGGCAUAGAUUCCAGGGGGGAUGGGGGAGGUAACCCCCCCAUUAAUCAAAACAAGCAAGAGUAAAACAAUAUUCGCUCACUGUUUGCAUAAAAUAACACACAGGGAAGAAAAUAAAGCUAAUUUUAAGUAGAACUGGCAUUUGCUAUAAUGGUAAGUCACAAUAUAAACUCUCACAGCCACUGUGUUUAUAAAAAAAAAAUUCUAAUCUAAGUUUGAGUUCAGAGCACAGUGAAAAGCCGCGUGCUUACUCGCUCUCAUUGCAUGCAUGCACUGCAUGUAUACGCACAAAGCAAUCCAACAACCUCAGGCAAAUGCAUCAGUGUCAUAGUAACCAGUGGCGUAUCCAGGACAUUUUUACUGGGGUGGCCAAGAUGGGGCACAGACCUAGUGUGGGGUGGCGAUACCGGGAGAACCUUUAUGAAUGGCACAUGAUCAAAAUGUGUAAAUAUCGCAUUGCUUUGCU